UUAAUUUUUUCCCACUACUACUAUCACGGUAUUUAUAUGAAGCAGUGCAAUUUUAAGUUCGGAAAGAAAGCAGUGAAUCACCAACAUAUUUACAGCGUAAGCAACAGCAUAAGCCCUGCAAUGCACGAGAAUGAUUGCAUAAAGAAAACGUGUUUCCAUCGUUCACUUUCUCAUCAAACAAGUUCCAAACUGGCAUCGUUUGUCUAUAUAAACACUACUAAUGGUAUUACUGUAGCUAUUUCACUCAUCACAAUUCAACGAUACAACAAGUACCCAUCAUGAUGAAGUUGGUAAGAACCGUGUUCGGAACGCCCCACUCGUCAUCCAUUCUAAUCUAUUGUACACUUUUAGCAAAUAAUUCUUCUCUGCGUCUUGGCGGCCACCGUUCAUGGCAAGGAGAAAAAGAGCUACCCGCUUCAUAUUCCAAUGCCAUCGCUUGAAGAAAUUCCAGUGCCACUCGUGAAACUGAACCUGGUGAAGGGUGAACCGAUAAUCAAGCACAUACCACAGGAACAUAUCGAGGAAGUUAAGGUGCAGAAACACGUGCAGAUCAACAAACCCGUCGAGGUGAUCAAGCAUAUCCCGGUGACGAAGGAAGUGUUCGUCGAGCGCCCAGUGGAAGUGAUCAAGGAGAUUCCCAUCGAGAAAGUCAUCAUCGAUAAGGUGGAAGUGCCGUAUGAGGUGAUCAAGCAUGUGGAAAAAAUUAGGCACAUUCCGGUUGAGAAGCACGUUGAAGUGAUCAAGCAAGUUGAAGUGGUAAAACCCGUCCCGUACAAGAGGUAUGUGUUUAACAAGAUACCAUCGACGAUCAACUACCAGAUGCCGGAGUACGUGCGAGUGCCGUACAAGAUCAAUGUGCUGCCGGAAGCUCCACCCCAGGAGGAGUCGAAAAAGCAAGAAAAAAAAGAUAAAAAGGAAAAAAAAGGAUGGGGUCUGGCCAGCCGUUUGGGCUGGUGAAUGGACUUGAGAAGGAUUGACAAGAUGGCUAAUAAAAA